UCACAUCGUUCUGGGUUUAUGGGUAAAGCCGGUUUAUUGAACAGCUGAUUUAGUUUCCUCUCGGAACAUUUUGAAUUUUGUGUGAUAUCGAGGGAAAUCAUGCAGGAUGACAGGAGGGAGAUAUGAAUGAUAAAGCGUUGAAGGAUGGCUUCAGGAUGGCAGCAGACCGGAUCAGUUAGAGCUGCUUUACUCUUAAGCAUCAUAAUCAUCAUCAGCAUCGGCGCACGAGCGCACACCUGUAACCAUAAAGUGCCCCUGCACACAGAGGUUGUACAUCAAGUGUUUCUGAAGCCAGAUAGAUUGGCCAAAAGAAGCACUGACCAGCAGUUAAGGAUCCAGAUCGAGUAUGACUCCAGUUUGGAUUGGUUGGAUGAAGACAAAAGCAGUCUUGUGAAGGACAAGCUCCUCCCACAGGCCAUUGAUUAUCUUCAGAAGGCCUUUAGUGUUCGUAGGCAGUCUGGUCCAGUGUUACUGAGCAGACAAUGCGCAACGAAUCAGUACCUUAGGAAAAGAGAUGAUCCGCACCGGUACUGUCAGGGUCCAUGUGCAAACAUCACCAAGUGUGGUCCGGUUAUUGUGCCUGAACGACAUUUGCAGCAAUGCAGGGUGUGUAGUGAGUCAGGGAAGUCCUGUGGCCCGGUCGGUCCUCCUGAUGGUGAGGGGGUGGAGAGGGCGGACUUUGUGCUGUACGUAAGUGCGAUGACCACAGAGCGUUGUGGGCAAGAGAACAUUGUCGCAUAUGCAGCAUACUGCCAACUGGAAUCUGAACUAGACAGGCCCAUCGCUGGAUAUGCCAAUCUGUGUCCAAAUAUGAUAUCUACUCAAGCUCAGGAGUUUGAAGGGAUGCUGUCCACAGUCAAGCAUGAGAUCAUACAUGCCCUGGGUUUUUCUGCAGGCCUCUUUGCCUUUUAUCACGAUGAUGAUGGGAAUCCUUUGACGCCACGGUCUGCAAGCGGUCUGCCGGCAUACGAUGAAAGUUUAGGGUUAUAUCAGUGGAGUGAUAAAGUCAUUAAAAAAGCCACGCGGCUGUGGGAUGUCCGAGGUGGCCACAUGGUCCGGCACAACGUCCAUGUUCUGGUUACUCCACGUGUAGUGGAGGAGGCCAGAAACCAUUUUAAUUGCCCCAUUCUUGAGGGCAUGGAACUGGAGAACCAAGGAGGCGCUGGCACAGAGUUCAACCACUGGGAAAAGCGUCUUUUAGAGAACGAGGCUAUGACCGGAUCUCACACACAAAACAGAGUAUUUUCCAGAAUAACUUUGGCUAUAAUGGAGGAUACAGGGUGGUAUAGGGCCAAUUACAGCAUGGCAGAAAAUCUGAAAUGGGGAAAAGGUUUAGGCUGUGACUUUGUGAUGAAAAGCUGCAAAUUCUGGAUAGACCAACAUCAAAAUAGGAGGCCGGCGCUUAGCCCGUUCUGUGACUCUGUAAGGAUGGCAUCUUUGCAGCUCACCUGCAGGCAGGACCAGCUGGCAGUGGCCUUCUGCAACCUGCAGAAGUUUUCUUAUGCACUUCCUCCAGAAUACCAGUACUUUGAUCGUAUCCCUGGUGUUGCUGAGGAGGAUUUAUCAUCAUAUGGAGGGGCGGUGGAGAUCGCAGACUACUGCCCCUUCAGCCAGGAGUUCAGCUGGCAUGUAGAUGGGAAGUACCAGCGCAGUUCUUACUGCAGAAUACAGGAGAACCAACCAGCUUCUUGGAGAAACUAUGGGGCAGAACAGUACGGCCCAGGAUCGGUUUGUGUGUACCAGAAGACAGCUUUUGUGAUGGAGCAGUGCACCAACCGUAUGACUUCCCCGGACUGGGGCAGUGGAUGCUAUAAGGUGUCUUGUUCACCCCAGGGUCUGUUUGUUUGGGUGCAGAAUGAGUCCUAUCCGUGUGUUCGUGCGGGUCACGUGGUCAGUGUGAGUGUGCGGAUGAACGGGUGGGUCUACAGUGGGCAGCUCAUUUGCCCCGCCUGUGCUGAUUUCUGCAGCGAUUGCCCGCCUCCUCACGAGAUCCCUCCUGUAAACAUCACCAAAAGUGCUCGCUUAGAUCCUUGUUCCAGCUCUUCCUGUUUGAUGGUGAACUUAUGGAUGCUCCUGUUUAAUCUUAUUCCACUAAUGGCUGGCUUCCUCCUUUGUGUCAGAGAUUAAAUUCGGUACUGAUUCUGACAGGUGGAUACAGGCGCCUCGCUGCCAUAGACUUCCCUUGAGGUAUAGCUGCUGUGAUCCGAGUACUCUUCUCUGUAUGUGCAGGUGUAGAAGGGAUUGAAAAGCCAUCGAUUGCUCACCUCAGCAUGUUUUGUCACGUGCCAGUGAACCGCAGAUGCAACGAGAAGCCAUAGUCAUGCAGGCUGCAUUUAGCAGCGCUGUUAUGCAGGUGCUAAUUAAUGUUCCCUUGUCUCGCUGGUAGCAUUUUGGGUCAUGAAGUAAGCAUUUGGCUGAGAAUCAGAUUUUUUUCUCUGGUGUCCUGCCGUGGUGCUUCUCUGUUGACCUGUGAAAAUAGUUCCUGGUGACGUUACGAUCAGUUUCGAUUACUGUAGGUCAUGUGAAUGAUGGUGUUUGUGAAUUUGCAUGGAGAAGUCUGCGUGAAACAUCCAUUUAUUGAUGCUUUCUUUUUCGUUUGUAGAAGUUUUGAAUGUGGGUAUAAUGUCUAAGUUAAGUAGUUUUUGAAGAGGUUUUAAAACAUUUUAUAUGCAGUGGGGCCCAAAAGUCUAUUACUUACAAAAAAGAUUUAGGACUUUUAGGCCUGGUUUCACAGACAAGGCUUAGCUAAAGCCAGGACUAGGCCUUAGUCAGAUAAAGAUGUUUAAACAUUCCUUAGAUAAAGACGUUACUGUUGUGUAUCUUGAGACAUAUCUAUGGCACUGGUAGUGCAAGUUAUUUUCAGUUGAGAGAGACAGCUCAAACAUUUGUUUUAGUCUAUGACUAGCCUGAAGCCUUGUCUGUGAAACCGGAGGUUAAAAUGGUAAACAAAGUUAUGAAACAAGAAAUAUUUUAUAUUCUGCACUAUUCCAAGGUCUUCAAUGAACUAAAACACAUUUUUUUUUUUUUUUUUUUUGCACAGUAGGUCAGACUUACUUUUGGAAAAUUCUUACGAUACAUUCACACGGGGCAUAAGCGUUAACGCUUGAAGGAAGACUUGUCUGAAGCGUGGCCAACAGCCAAUCACAGUGGCCGCUACACAUGCUCCGGUCUUUCAUAAACGUAAUUGGCUGGCUCUGCCUAGGUUAUUUGGAUAAGGCAAUCUGAUUGGCAGACGCACGCAUUGCCGCUUGAAAAGUUGAGAAAUGUUCAACUGCUACCGCGAGCAACGGCAGUGAUGCGGCGCCAACGAAUCCACAGUUCAGUUCGGCAACGCAUGACGUUACCCAUUAAAAGUGAAUGGGAAGCGUUAGCAUUUAGGCCCCAUGUGAAUGUACCGUUAAAGGGUACUUUAACUAUAAAGACUUGUAUGCUUUAAUACUUUAUAUUUGCCUUUAACUACUAAAAUCCAAUGAUAGAACACAUAAAAUUUGUAGCAUUAAAUGUAAUACUUAUUUUAACCUAUGGAGGCCGCCAUUAUGUUUUGCGCAUAGUGCAUUCUGGUUUGAUAAUGUAUAAUAAUUGUCGCAAAUAUAUUACUAAAGUUUACUACAGUAAAUACUAUGGUAUCCACUAUAGUUUUUUUAUGUAAGAAUGUCUUACUUCCCACUCUUAGCUCCCAGAUUGUCUUUAUUUUGAUCAUCUUUCAUUUGUAUGUUUUCUGUAUUCUUCAUCACUUAUGUUACUCUACAUCAAUGGUUUAUAUUGAAAGGGCUGCACAAGACGUUAAUAUUUAUAUUUUCAAUGGCAUCCAACUCUUAUCUUCUGUUUUACAUAAUUUUACAACAAAUUCAUUCAUAAAACUAAUCCCAGUGUUAAUCUAUUAUGCCAUACAUAUGUUUAUAGUUGGCGUACCCUUUAAAUCAUAACCGCCCCAUGGAGUUCAUACUAGCUUUAAUGCUGUUAUUAAAGUGUCAACUUUUUAAUUUAACUUUUUAUGCUAAUAAUAUUAUAAUUGCACACUUGUUUUUGUAAAUUAUGAAAUUAUCAGACAUUUGGACCCCUUUGUAUAUGUGUAGUUAUUUCUAGACAAUUCUUACAAAUGGUUAUUUAACAAAACUCAGUCUCUGAUUCUCUAUUUAUCUUGUAAUGUGUUGCCAGGUUUGUGUUGUAAAGGGCUGUGCUAACAAGGGUUGCAAAUUUUACAUAUUGUCUUCUAACAAUUAGUUGUGCAUAUCUCAGUCUGCAGGAGAUGAGCUGAAAUAUAGUUUUUUCAUGAAUUUACAGUAAAACAUUUAAUAUUA